AUGAGAGAGAUGAAAGGUGAGGUCCAAUCCACUAGUCCACUAGUCCACUUGGAGAGAACAGAGGCUGUGUUCUGCUAUGCUCUGCUCCACCACAGGGCACACAACACAAUCACUCUAUCCUCUAUAACAAUCAACCACCAAGGAUCAAGGUAAACCUGCAGAGGAGAGGGCCAUGCAACCCAAAUCCACCGCCAGACUGCCCAGCUUCCGCUCAACUCCAGCCUCCUGGUUAGAAUCAGUUCUUUUGAAAGAGGAGGAAGAACAAGAAGAAGAAGAGGAGGAACAAGUAGAUAUCCAACAAGCUGAAGAAGAGCCCUUGACCUUUACCCAGCUGCUUUCUACAAUCGCAGCUCCCUCUCCUUCCCAACGCUAUGACACACAGGAUUACCCUCCCACCACCAUGUCCAUGUCCAUGUCCAUCCCCAAUUCAAUCGCACCCAAGGAACUUUAUGCUUCUGCCCCCCACCUCAAAGUGGACAACAUGUUCACGUUUGAGGACUCGGUGCCCUGUAGAGUUCGGGCAAAGCGCGGCUGUGCUACGCAUCCCAGGAGUAUUGCCGAAAGGGUUCGCAGGACUCGUAUCAGUGACCGCAUCAGAAAGCUUCAAGAACUUGUGCCAAACAUGGAUAAGCAAACAAACACUGCAGAUAUGUUGGAUGAGGCGGUAGCAUAUGUCAAGCUUCUGCAAAAGCAAAUUGAGGAACUGACAGAGCACCAACGGAGGUGCAGAUGUAUGGUUCAAGAAUAAAAUGCCGACAGUACAUGCAGUGGUUGGCCGCUGAAGAUUUAUUUUAUGAAUUAUCAGAUUUUUUGGUGAUCAAGCAGACACUCCGGAUGCUAAUUAUAUAAAUUUUAAACUCUCUGGAUACCAUAAAGGGAUGCUAAUUAUAUUUUUUUAAUAUCGCUGGAUAAAUUAAAAGAUGCAUACAGACAUGUUGGGGAUGGCA